AUGAUCCACACGAAUAUUACACAAGAAGUGAACAAUGACAUUUAUAGACAGUCAAUGCGACAACGGAAUCCACCACAUAUACGUCACAAUCAGGAUCGUAACGUCAAUGACAGGAUCAACUCUCUCAUGAUCGCUUACCAUUUGCUUUGUGAUGCUGUAGGCCAAGCCAAUGAUUUCUACAGUGACCCGUUACUGGCCUCCAUCUUCUAUGGCUUUCUACGUGUCACUUCCUGUCUAUAUUUGAUCUUCAUACAUCUUGUAAUUAAAGACGAAACAGGAGUUAUCAUAGCAAUAUUUUGGACACUGUCUAUGACAUGUUACCUAUGGAUGCUCGUCUCCUCAAGCUCUGAUGUCACUCGAGUGGCUCAGGAGACGAAACCAGUAAUCAGCAAGCUGAUAACCAACCCAAAUAUAAACCCGGGACUGAGGAAACAGUUGAAUUCAUUUUUGUUCCAGUUGACAAAGAAACACCUCGAGUUUUCUGCAGGAGGAUUUUUGAAUGUCAACAGACAAAUGUUGACAUCGAUGGCUGCUACUGUGGCUACUAAUCUGGUAAUACUCAUUCAAUUUCAGACUCAAUGA